AUGUCCAACAUUACUCCCAUUAUACUCCCUUUAUUUAGUCUAGGGAUUGUCUACUUCUUUUGUUUAGGAGUCUUGCUGCUUACCCAAGACAAGGAGGAGCCUCCCCUAGCCCUACACUCUAUCCCGUUUCUUGAACCUUUGAUCCAACUCCUCAUUCGAAAAUACAAGAUUUGGAUAUACCUGAGCUCCCUGGUUCUCGCCGUGGACCGAUCUUUCCAAACCCUCUCAUUCGCCCCAAUUGAAGCCAGCGCAACCGCCACCACCUUGGGCACGACGGAGGCUACAAAUGAGAUUAUGAGGCGCGACCCGGCGGGAAGCAAUGGCCAUUUUACAACUUUUCACAGGGCCGUCCGCCCACAUCUCUCUCCUGGCUGGGGGCUAGAUGGCAUGGUUGAGAGAGCUCUUUGCGUCGUGGGAACGUGCCUCAGCAACACGCACAACACGAGUCCGCAGAAAGUCAACUUCUUUGGCUGGGUUCGACACAUGGUCCUCCUGGCCACUACUGAAGGCGAGUAUGGACCAGGAAACCCCUUUCGAGAACUAGCCUUCGAGCAGGCUUGGUUCAAAUUCCUACCUGGUGUGCCCAUCAUGGCAGGGGGCUUUUUCCCCUACCUGUUUGCUAGGCAAAGCUCCUACGCUCGCGAGUAUCUUGCACAAGGCUUUGAGAGGUAUUUCCGUGACGGUCAUCACCUAAACGGCUGUGCCGCACUUCUCGCUCGCAUGGAACACGGAGUAGCAGCUGGGCUUCCCGCAUCAGAUCGAGCGCGUGGAGAGAUUGGCUAUAGCAUGGCGCUUGUUAAUAAUACAGUCCCGGCCGCUUUCUGGCUGCUUCAUCAUGUCUAUCGGGACGCGGCGCUCCUCGAAGAAUGUCGGAGGGAGCUAUCAAAGGCGGUUCAAUUCGAAGAGGAUGGAACGAGAACUAUUCAUCUCGCACAUGUCCAAUCCUCGUGCCCAACGCUCAACUCGACGCUGCAUGAAGUAUUCCGAUAUUACGGCAUCGGCACUGUUCUCCUCCGCCAGGUUGUCCAAAGCCACAAGCUCAACAACACCUACUUGCUCAAGAAGGGAAGCUUCGUACUGAUGCCCAACAUCACACAGCACUACUCCCCAAAAGUCUGGGGAUCUGAUGCGAACCACUUUAACCCUAGGCGUUUCUGCUUCAUCAAGCGUCGCAACCCUGCCGGCAUGCGUGUCUUUGGGGGCGGCGCAAUACUCUGUCCUGGGCGUCACUUUGCUGAAAACGUCAUCCUCGCGUUCGCCGCCCAAAUGCUACUUCGCUUCGACGUACAGCCCGCCAACGGGGUCUGGAGCCCAAUGGUGAUGGAGGAAACGUUGGGACUGGGCGUGGCCAAGGUCUUUCUACUACCAGCGUGUGACCCGGAAGUGGAAGUUGCCGCAAGAGCCCCCAAUGAGCAUGUCUGGCGUGUGAGGCUGCCAAAGGGUUAG